AUGUACAGAGGCCAAGCUUGGGGAACAUGUUCGAAAUCAGUUGGCUGUAUUUGGCUGCUCGUGUAUCGAGUUAUUGCUUUUUGUGUCUUGUUGGGAGUGAUUCUUGCCGAUACAAUCAUCCACAGCGUCGGCAUAUUCUAUUUUUACACACAGUGGACUUUUGCCUUGGUGACUAUCUAUUUCGGGCUCGGGUCUUCACUUUCCAUUUACGGAUGCCUUUUUCAUCGCGAUAACGCGGAUUUCGAAAUCGGCCAUUGUGAAGAUACAAACAGCAUCAAUAGAAGCUUAAAUCACGAUCAAGAUGAUGUUAAUUCAAAAACUGCAUCUGGUUGUGAAUAUGCUUUGCAAAUCAUUUUUCAGAUGUGUGCUGGGGCUGUUGUACUUACUGAUAUCGUCUAUUGGCUCAUAAUUUAUGCAUUUCUCACCGGCAAAGAUUACAGAUUAAACUUCCUCGUCGUUAGCGUGCAUUCUAUCAAUGCCAUUUUCCUCCUUGGCGAGACAUUUUUUAAUUGCCUGAAGUUUCCCUUCUUUCGGAUCGCGUAUUUUGUCCUGUGGACGUGUGUUUUUGUCGUUUUUCAAUGGAUCUUUCAUGCCUUUGUUUCAAUGAGAUGGCCUUAUCCUUUUCUAGACUUGUCAUCUCCAUAUGCUCCAGCAUGGUACUUGGCUGUAGGUGUGCUACAUUUACCGUGUUUUUCGGUAUUUACUCUCGUGUUCAAGAUAAAACAGUGGUGUCUACAAAAUACAGCUGCUUACGAAUGA